UUUGAGGUGAAGUGUCUAUUGCCAGCUGUAAACUCUUAUACGAAGCAAAUCGAUAGCCACUAUGGAACCUGGACUCAGCCUUAUCUAUAGACACAGCGAUACACCUUUAAGUAAUUCAACUCUUAUUAAGCUAAUAGAAGAUGGUGUUAACAGGUUUAAAUAUAACACGUAUAUUAUUUCCAAAGAACAAAAGCUUAAUAUGACUUAUCAAAAAACCCUGACUGACGCCGACAAUCUUGCAGCAGGGUUAAUAGAACUCGGUUUGGAACCCAAGGACAGAAUCGGAUUAAUAAUUCACAAUUCUAUUGAAGGUAUUAUUGCCAAUUUUGCUUGUAUUAGAGGCGGAUUCGUAGCGGUCAAUUUGAAUCCUGCACUUCAGCCAAGAGAACUUGAACACUGCAUUAAAGUCACACAAAUUAAAUGCAUGAUAAUAGUCGACCGCUAUAAGGUUUUUAAUAUUUUUGGUAUACUACAGAAAGUUAUCCCUGAAAUCGAGGACACUGUAAAUACUGCAAUUGAAUCCAAAGAUUUCCCCUACUUCAAACGGGUGGUUAUGAUUGCAGAUCAACUUCAUAAGGGAACCUGUUGCUUCAAAUCGGUUAUCGCAAUGGGGAAAUCUGCCUCCAAGAAGAAAUUACAGGAAUAUCAAUCAAAGAUUACACCAGAAGAUCUGUCCCAUAUCAUAUUUACAUCGGGCACCACCGGCAAUCCCAAACCAGUUGGAUUAACCCAUUUCCAAAUUACCAAUACAGUCAUAUUUCUUGGUAUGAGAGUUGCUUCAGACCGAAAACCAACCCGAUUUUGCUUCGUAUUGCCCCAGUUCCAUGUAUUAGGCUUGGGGUUCACCUUCAUUACCCUCAAUUACGGUAACACAUUGGUGUUACCGUCAUUCUAUUACAACUCUGAAAGCACGCUUGAUGCGAUUAGUGGAGAUCACUGUGCGGUGAUAACGGGAACUCCCACCAUGUUAGCUGACUUGGUGAUGUAUCAAAAACUUAAAAAACUUCCAAUUCACAUCGAGGAAGCCCAUUGCGGAGGAGCACCUAGCAGAGAAAAGCUGUUUAAGGAUGUAGUCGAGACCCUAGAUGUGGGGAGAAUAUGUGAUGGAUACGGCGCCACUGAAGCGCUAGCAAUUUCAUGGCCUCUUAGAAAUGAACAGAUUGAUUUUACCUCCAGGUGCGUUGGACAUCUUAUGGACCAUUUAGAAGCUAAGGUCGUCGAUCCAGAGGGAAGAAUAGUGCCUUUAGGAACGGUUGGAGAACUCUACGUCAGGGGGUAUUCCGUUGUAAAAAGUUACCUGGACGGCGAAUCGGACGUUUUUGAUAAGGACGGAUGGUAUAAAACCGGGGAUGCGAUUUAUAUCAGUGAUGACGGAAGAUUGCAUAUAAUGGGAAGAUUGAAGGAAAUCAUCAACAGAGGAGGCGAGAAAGUCAGUCCAGCAGAAGUUGAAGAAAUUUUAUCGACUCAUGAUAAUAUUCGGGAAGCCUGCGUCGUUGGAACAAAAUCUGAGAGAUUAGGAGAAGAAGUAUGCGCCUGCAUUAUUUUAGAAGAUGAUGAAAUAGAUCUCACCUUGGCAGAUGUCAGAAAUUUCUGCUCAGGUCAACUCUCCUACUAUAAGAUCCCUUCCAGAAUUGAAAUCAUGACCCAUUUUCCAAAAACACCAAUGGGAAAGGUGAAAAGGGCAAUGUUAGUCGAAAGAAUUCACCAACUGAAAAAAAAUUAACUGAUUUGAAAUUAAAUUUUUAGUAUUUAACUGGUAAUUUUAACUUGUAACUUGAAUAUUGUAACUUGUAAUGUGUUUAAAUUGUAUUUGUAAUGUUUAACUUUUAGUUUUAAUAUGCGAUUUGUAUUUGUGAAAUGUUUUUAAAUUUAAUUUUGUACCAGUUUUUAUUGAAUAAAGAAAGAUGCACAAUA